AAUCAUUGAUUUUUUACUACUUUAGUCGAGAGAGAGAUAAGAUAUCUUAUCCCACAAAAAAGGCUUUACUUUGAGUGUAUGUGAACUAACAAAGUGUAAUAAAUAAGCUGCAGAAGAGAAGAAAGAAGAUCAGAUCCACUGAACAAAAUGCCACAUACAGGUUUUGGAGCGUCGCUGAGCUCGCCCAAGGUGGACGUUGCCAUCGACACCGGCAAUCAUUUUCUUAAUCACACACUCGAUGGUUUCUUGAAGAUCGGCUCUGUUGCUGUGGCCAGAACAGCUGCAGAGGAAACUUACAAUGCUGUCUCACAAGGGAGUAUAUCGCAGCACAAGUUUGAGCAAUCACUAAAGAAAAUGUGUAAAGAAGGCGUGUAUUGGGGAUCCAUAGCUGGAGUUUAUGUUGGUAUGGAUUAUGGAGUGGAGAGGAUCCGCGGCACAAGGGACUGGAAAAAUGCAUUAAUUGGCGGUGCACUCACCGGGGCUCUAGUAUCUGUCAUCAGCAGCAACAAAAGGGACAAAAUUGUGAAGGAUGCAAUUACAGGAGGGGCAGUUGCAACUGCUGCAGAGUUCAUUAACUAUCUGACAUAAAGUGAAACUAUGGCAAUAUUCAAAUUGGUUUUGUAGCCAGUUGUGAUCAUAUAUUAGUAUAUUAUUUACUUUGUGUUCUCUUAAUUUUGUCAACUUGUAGACAUCAAAAUCUUAUAUUUUGCAAAUUAAGUUCAAAACUAUCA